CGUGGAGCGCGCGCGAGGCUGGUCGCGUAGUCAUGGCCAUCUGGAAACGGUUCGCGCUGUUUUUCCUCGGAAUAUUUGGGAAAAUAGACGAAGCCGAUGGAAAUUGCGUUUUAAGUCUCCGAGAAGACUUCGGACAUCCCCCACCAAUGUACAUAAGGGAUGGAGGUUAUUUAGAACCGAACGGACCCAAUGGUACCAUUGUUUUCCAAAGCACAGAGAAAGUUCUCGUCGCUUGCCCCGGCCACAGAAAUCACGUCGUCAUUAGAUAUGGCAAUGGAACCAAAAUCAAAAAGCCAAGUGUUGUCGAGGCAGCGUGUUUGAGCGGCCACCAGUUUAAAUUGGAAGAAACAAGUGUGCCUUUCCAAAAUAUCUCAUGUUAUAGCGCAAGCACUGUUUCUGUGAAAAGAACCAAAGAGAAAUGCGGCAAAGGCGGCCUGUACAACAUUUAUGGGGUUGGGUAUGAAAUUAUAGAUAAGUUCUAUAGUUUGUACGACGCCUGCUUUAACGACGUUCUUAUGACGACAUAUUUCGUCAGACAUGUGAUAUCUCCAUUAAACAUAUAUACGCAACGAGACAGUCGACCUUAUUUUAAAGAAGGGGGACUGUUCAAGACUGUGUCUAUGAGCAGUAUUUAUAAGCUGGAAAAUCAGAAAGCGACAUUUGACGCCAUAUUAGGCGCAAACGAACACAAAAAAUACUUCCAUAAUCGGCAGUUCCUGUCGCGGGGGCACCUGGCCCCCCGCGCCGACUUCACGCUGCUGGCGGAGCUGCGCGCCACGUUCCAGUACGUGAACACCGCGCCGCAGUGGCAGCGGAACAACGCGGGGCCCUGGGCCGCGCUCGAGGACAGCCUGCGGCGGCAUGUGGGCCGGCUGGGGUCGCCUGUCCGGGUGGUCACAGGCACCCACGGCAUCCUCACGCUGCCCGACCAACACGGCGUGGACAGAGAGAUGUAUUUACACACAGAUCAGAACAACAACUAUGUCGUGCCGGUGCCCAUGUAUUUCUACAAGGUGGUCCAGGAGCAGGGUAGACCCACGGUGGCGUACGUGACCAUCAACUCGUCAUACAACAGCACCAUCAUGGACUCGUUGCGUUUCUGCGAGGAUAUCUGCGGACUCGGCCACUGGCUGCAUUGGAAGAAGAGUCGUGAGAGCUUCUGUUGCCUCUACCAUGAGUUCCAGCAGGUCGUGGACUACUUGCCAAGUCUCAAUUAGACAAAAUGCUUAGAUGUUUUUGAAAUGAACUCAAAUAAACUAUUUUUUUUUAA